UUUCCUCCGGUAGGUUUGAAUCGGUUAGCCAAACGUGUUGCAACGAAGCUAGCAGUGGGGACGUUCGUGGAAUACUUUCUAACAAAGUGCAGUGGAAUUGCAUGUGUAUACUGUCAAAGUUGUUUAUUGGCAAUAUGUCACACAAACAAAUCUACUACUCAGACAAAUAUAACGACGAACACUAUGAAUACAGACAUGUUGUUUUGCCGCGGGAGAUGGUGAAACAAGUCCCCAAAUCCCACCUGAUGUCUGAGGAUGAGUGGAGGCGAAUGGGAGUGCAGCAGUCUCUUGGAUGGGUGCACUAUAUGAUCCAUGAACCUGAGCCUCACAUUCUCCUGUUUAGACGACCAUUACCGAAGAACUGAUCUGGAACGUUCCUUCCUGUCAACAUUCCGUGGUAUUCAUUGAAUACUCGCUCCCCUACAAGUUAUAUUGUCUGCUGUGCAUGAAGCUGUAUUUGUCUCAGCAACCAAGCUCAGUCGGAUUGUACGGAGGAUGUGAAUGUUCUGUCACUGUGGCAUUUAAUGAAUAUCAUACAUCACCAAUAUGUUGCUACUAGUACUACACUAAUACCAAAGUGCCUACGAUGAAUAUCAUACAUCACCAGUAUGUUGCUACUAGUACUACACUAAUACCAAAGUGCCUACGAUGAAUAUCCACCCUUUGAUCAGGUGUUUGAAUAAAGUAUUGAGUAACAUGUUGUUUUUCCUAUCGCUUUAAUAUAAUUGUUGUAUAACCUUCCCAAACGGCUGCAUGGGCUCACUUUUCUAUGACUAAUGAUAUGUACUGUGUUUUCUAUUUUCUAAUUGAAUGGAUUUAUAAGUAGGUGCACCAGAUGGUAUUGACUAGCUUUUUGUACAUAAAAGUCAACUCUGAUUGAAAGCUCAGUAAAGAUGGUGUUUGCUUGUAUACUUUACUUGUUCCCGGUUCUCUAAAGUACCUGUUUUCUAUCUACUGUCCACUGACAUGCAGGCAGCACGUGUGGCAUGACAAGUAGCCAGCCAGGCUACUUUUGGUGGCCAGUCAAACAUGUUUAUUUUUCAGCUCAUGUAUUUGUGAUCAUAACUGUUGAUAGAGCCGUACAGCCUCUAAUCUGCACCGCUACUGAACCACUGAGGAUAUCAUCAGUCUGUAAUACAAACUUAUCAUUUGUGAUUGUCUACACCACAUACACAAUGGUAUGAAAGAAGUUUUGUCACUCUUGAGCCUAAAUCAAUCUAUGGUUGUUUGGCUGUUGGCUUAUUUUUGAAUGUCAUUACUUUUGAUGAGAAUAAAUAUAUUUUUGAAAUUGG